AAGCGGAAGGGCCCCGAUUCGGAAGCGAGAGCUGCUGCUGCCGCCGCUGUAGUCUCCUCAGUCUCUUUCGUUGCCUCUUCGCGUCGCUGCCCGCGCGAUGGCGGCCACGGCGCUUCCCCCGCUGCCGGCGCAGUUCAAGAACAUCCAGCACCAUUUGCGAACGGCGCAGGAGCUGGACAAGCGCGAACCGGUGGUCGCGUACUACUGUCGUUUGUACGCAAUGCAAACAGGGAUGAAGAUUGAUAGUAAAACCCCAGAAUGUCGUAAAUUUUUGUCCAAACUUAUGGAUCAGUUGGAAGCUAUGAAAAAGCAAUUUGGAGAUAAUGAAGCAAUUACUCAGGAAAUUGUUGGUUCUGCUCAUGUGGAGAAUUAUGCUUUGAAAAUGUUUUUGUAUGCAGACAACGAAGACAGAGCUGGGCGAUUUCAUAAAAACAUGAUAAAGUCCUUUUAUACUGCAAGUCUCCUGAUAGACGUUCUAACGGUAUUUGGGGAGCUCUCCGAAGAGAAUGUCCAGCAUAGGAAGUACGCCAGGUGGAAGGCAGCAUACAUUCAUAACUGCUUGAAGAAUGGAGAGACUCCUCAGCCUGGACCUAUUGGAAUGGAAGGGGAGAGCUUGGAUGUUGAAAGGGAAGAAGCAGGCUCAUCUUCUCUCCAUAGUGGAACAACUCAACCAACAUCAUCAUCAUCAUCUACAUAUGAAGCUAACAACAUACCAUCUAGUAACUACACUGGCAUACAUAUACCACCAGGCGCCCACGCACCAGCGAAUACUCCAGCUGAAGUACCUCAUAACACAGGAGUGACAAGUAACACCAUUGAGCCUCCUCCUCAGAAUAUUCCUCUAGUCGAUCCUUCACUUUACAGUGCUCAGUCUGCAGGGGAAGUCCGUUUGACUCCAGAGGACUUUGCCAGAGCUCAAAAAUAUUGCAAAUAUGCUGGCAGUGCUUUGCAAUACGAAGAUGUGAGCACUGCUGUGCAGAAUCUACAGAAGGCCCUGAAGUUACUGAUUACAGGCAGAGAAUGAAGCCUUUAUCCAACAGAUUCAUGUCUUUUGCCUAAAGAACUAACAGCUUAUUACUGUACCUGCUAGGGGAGUGGAGUUAUACAGAAGUUCGCAAUCCUAUCACCCAUGACGAUGAAAUCACCGUUUCAGUGUGAGAUUAGCAAUUAAUGGUACAGUAGGAAUCUCUGUUUUCAUUUCACAAACAGUGGAGCUAGAAACAUAUGAAUGCAGUGGCUUGAAGUAAGCAAAGUACAGAAGAAAGUAUUCUGAACACUGCUCAAGAGUUAGAAUUAAUCUUUCAAUAUUUAGGUUAUUGAAAUGGGAAAACGCUGAAUCUGUAAAAAGCUUGAGCAUAAGAAUGUUCUGUUAAAAUUCUUACUUUUAUUAUUUCAAACAAUUAUUUAAUAAGUAUAAGAGCUUUAAAAUGGUAACCAAGAUUAGCGCUUUCCUCUUGAAAUGAGAGCAUGUGAGAAAUCUGACAGACCCACAGUGGGAAGGAGAUUUUUUCUAUAUGUAGACUAUUUGGGUAUUAUCUGAGACAUAAGUCAAAGUUGAGAGACACUUAACGACAUUUGUAUUUCAUGUUAAAACGUGCUGGAAAAAAGGUCUCCUGAUACUUAGAGGGAGACAUUUUGAUAUUGUUCCAACCCAGUCCCCUGCAAAUGCACAGACUGCUACAUGAAUUCUUGAUUAUUGGUUCUUGCUCCUUUUGUGUGAACACUUAAAAUUUUAUAUAAGUACGGGUAUUUAAGAGAAAGUACUAAUAUUUAUCAGAGAUGGUCCUGAAACUGGAGGCAGAGAUUCUAAAUAACAUGAACUUUUAGGGAGAUUUACAUCAUAGCUGUUCCAUUUUUUUGGGAUACUGAUAAAAAGGCCUGUUCUUCAGCUGUUAAAGCAGUAUAUGUUUAUCUCCAGUAUAAGUGUCAGAGCUUCAUAUUUCCAGCUAAUGUUCUUCCUGUCUGCUUUGUUGUGGAGACUUUUUGGACUUGGGAUUUAAUUAAAAUAUCUUGGAAACUGAAUUUUGAGUCUUUAUGAGGUCUGCCCUUGUAAAAAUCCAUCCUUACUGUUUAAAAGAAAGAAUAAGUAGUCUUUUCACCAACAUGACAUAAUAGAGUACACCAUAAACCAUGUUUGAUUUAUGUAAUAACACAUAAUAAUAACACAUUUAUCUGGUCUGUCUUUCUUUCGAAGCUGCCAGAUCAAAUCCACGUAUUCUUUAUAGCUGUAAUAUUUUGCAGUGACUAAAAUAAAUCUGAUAUUCAAAGCAAAAAAGGAUGAAGAAAAGAAAAUCAAACAUCAGCAUGCAUUAAAGUUUAGCUGGUCGUAUCCUUUUAAGACUGUAGAGUGUCUUUGACAGCGGUUUUGAAAAAGUUAGUAUGAAACUUGUAUGUUUAAGCAUUUUAGUUGACUGAGACUUAAUAGAAAAUAUGUCUGGUAUUAUUUGUGUUGCUUUCUGUUACGGGAUAGCUUGCUAGUCUGGACAGUGAUUUGAAUUAAACUUUAAUUGUUUUGGGAAAUUUAGAAUAAAUCAGUCUGAAACUUUUUGACAGUAAUGUUGUCCAGACCUGGGAAGUAAGUUUGUGUUUUGUACAGUGCUUCAUGCAAAAUAGAUCCUUCACUUCAGUAUCAAACUGGAUUACUGUAAGUUAUUCCAUGUAUGUUAGUGUGGUGUCACACUAUGGUUGUAAAAGCUGCUUUUCAGUUGAAAGAAAGUUGCAAAGAUUGAUCCAUGUAGAAAUAUAUAUUGUAUUACCAUUAAAAAAGAUCAGAAGUUUCUUUUAUUUGAGAAUCAUAACACUAUUUACUAAUAACAACUUCAGUCCCCAGCACUUAAAGGAGAAAAGUCAGUUUUCCUGUUUCCUUUCAUAAAAUAAUCUGGGGACUUUUGUAGUAUAUGGAAAAAUAAGCAAGCUAUGAUAUAAUCUGUAUUAAUUUGAGGCAUUUAAUUUAAAAUUUAUAUUAUUAUUAUUGUUUUGUUGAUUGAAUGUAAUGAGAUGGAAUUUCAUAACUAAGAAGAUUGCAAACAAAAAGUAUUUCUUAAGAUGUAUAAGAUUGUCUGUUGGCCAUGAUUACAUUGAACCUCUAGGUUCCUCUAGGAAACUAGGGAACCUUCAGUGAAAAAGCAAUAAGCAUUGAAAAAGCUUUAAGGAAUUUUUUUGAGUGAUGAUUAACAAAUAUGUAACCUUCUUUUGCCUAGAAGGAAAUUAAAAUUAGUGUUUCUGAGGGGAAUGGAGAUGAAAAUGCUAAUACAAAAGUUUGAGUUUCUUAGGGAAUUUAUCAGUAUAUUCUUUCUGAAAAUAAAUUUAUCAUAUAAAAUUCUCAUGAAUUCUGUAAAAUUGAACAUAUCCUAAUGCUGAUGUUCAGACCACAAUACCUGAAUUAGCAUAUUGAGGUUUAUUUUGCGUAAAAUUAUAUUCCUCUGAUAACUUAUUUUUUAAUUGAUAAGUUUUGUAACAGCCCAUCAAACCAUGUUUGAAGCCACAUCUUUAAGCUGCUAACAUUUGAUGCAACAGACUUUUGAGUAUUUAUCAUCCAAACUGAUGCCUAAUGUGAAUGAUAACAAAGUGCUUUCUUACCACUGUUGCAGAACAGUUCAAAAAAUGUGCGUAUUUGAAAAUACCAGGAGAAUGUAGUUAGAUACCCUGCAAUUAUUCCAAAUUGGAAUUUGUGGUAGGCAUGGGAAUUUAUGACCCCAUUGUUAAAUAUUAUGUCUGCUUCAAAUGUUGACUGAUUCAUUUUGCAGCCACUCUGAAUUAUAAAGUAUCAACCCUCUUAAACUCAUUCCCAGCACAUACAAGUACAGCAUUAAAUAAAGGAGGUGCCAUUUUUGUGUUGUGCCACAAUCGACAACUCUCUUUCAGUAUGAUUGCCACCUAUAUGCUUGUUCUUCUGGAUUCUCCUUUGUUUCUGUUUUGGAUUGUGAAUUGUCAAUAUUUUCAGUCUUGCUGAAGAAAGGAGAAAUAGGUGUUUUCUAUCAGAUAUUCCAUGUUCAGUUUUGCUACUUAUGUAAACUGGAAUUUUAGUAAGUCUGUUCAAUGUUUGUUACUUAAAAAGGAUUCGGUAUUACUUAAUGGUAAUAACAAGUAUUGGGAGAAUGUCAGAUACAAAUAUAUAUAUACUGCUGAUAAACAUUCUUCAUGCUAAACUUCAAGUGUACUAGUAUAGUGCUAAAAGUUAACUUUUAAUUGUGCAGUAUUACAAUUCUAUGAUCUUUGAUUUUUCUCUUUUUUCAUGUCAGUAGCAAAAGAGGAGCCAGGUACUAAAAGAAUUAGAACAGAAAUUUAGAGGAAGUUAGAUUUAUGAAAGAUCAAAGAUAAUUUCUUUUAUUGUGAAGUCUUUGCGGUAAUGUUCUGGUUGAGAUUGGAGAGUGCUCUUACUUAUAAAGUAUGGUUCUUGCUUUCUUGUAAAAUGUCCUUUGUUGUGCAGUUUAUGGAAUUAGAAUCUGAACAUCUGGUUAGAAAAACCUGAAGUUUGAUGCUAAGCUUCUAAACCACCAGUGCAUCCUGAUACUGAUAGAAACCAUUCUUCACAAUCACCUUACAGUACCUAUUUUAAAAUUUUGGAAUUUUAACCAAGUUUGUUGGGAAAAGGAUAAAUGCUUUUUGCUUAUUGCAUCACCGCCUUUCAGUGCACAGCCGUAGUAAGAAGAGAACUGGAGAAGGCAUGAAUUUGCAUUAGAUAUGUCACUGUCAGGAAGAAAAUAAUAUUAUAUUGCCAACAGAGCUCUUUUUGGCUUACAAGAGUAUUGGAACAGUCUGAUCACAGAGAUUGUGCUGAAUGUAAUGCCUUAAAUAUUCUCAGAAUAGGAACUUAGUAAAUACUAAGAGCAUUGAGGAAAAAAAACUUGAAAGAGAGUGGAGACAUGUACCAGGAGAGAAAAAGAAAUCACAGAAUGGGAGGAGGCAGGGAAGUGAUUGCAGGAUAAAUGGAAGAAAUACAUACAGUCUCACAUGGCAUAGUGACUGGAAUGGAGUUAGAGUUGUUGGCUGUUUUUUUCAGAAUUGAAUGAGAAAGAAGCUUGAUCUUAAGGCAAAGUAUAACAGCAAAAUAAGAGAGGUAGGGAGGAUCACUAGAAUGACAAAAAUCCCCUCUUUUGUUACCACAAACUGGAAAAAAUGUGAGUUAUUGUACAGGAGAAAGUUAUCCUAGUUGAGAAAAUGAUAGCAGAGACUCAGCCUGUCACGAAAAAGGAAGAAAAAAAGUACAAGUUGACAGCAUUCUAAAAAUGGAGAGGAGCAGAUCUUAUCCUUGGAACCUUUGUGCUCAUUAAAUGUAAUUUAAUAAAUAAUAAAAAUUUAUUUGAUGUGGCCUUUUUGGAAAACUUAAGAAACUGCAUAAAUAGUUGUAUGCCAUCUGCAGAGAGCUAUUCAUGCCUGUCCUUAAAAUGCUAUGUCCUGAUUUUGUGCUUUCCUUCCUGCUCUGCCUUCCCAUUUUCACUGUCUGUGUUUAUCCUGUGGUUUUCCCAUAGCUAGAGGGGAGGUUGUGGUGGUGGAAUGCAAUGCUAAGUAUACAUGAUAGCCCACAUGUUUAGACAUUCUUGGGUAACUUUGGAAGAUCAAUCAGUCUGGAUUUUACCUGAUAUGUGCUAUGGAGAAAAAUGUAGCAAAUGUGCUUCCUUCCUGAGCUUCAGUGGCUCUUUGGCAGCAGUAUGACUACUAUAUUAUAGAAGGAUAGGUGGAAAUUUACUCAGAGCCACGUUCCCAAUCAGAGCCCAACAAACUGAUCUGUAGGAGUUUGGAGACCUCCAUCCAAGCAGUUGGUGAAAUUUUCAGUGUGUCCUUGCUUCAGUUAACCCAUCUGUAAAAUGGGCUUCUUUAGAUUUAACAUUUCUUAAUAUAGUCAGAAUUUUUGUGAUCCUGACAAGUAAUGAAAAGACAAGGGUUGAUUAUAGUAACAAGUUUCCAAAAUAAAGAGUUUUUAGGAGAUGCAGAGAAGGCAUUAAUAUGUAAUGAUAUGAUGUAGAAUGACAACAGAAAAAAUGGGAAAAAAAAAUUUUAGGAUAAUUUUGGGGACAAUAGACAGGAAUUAGGUGAUCUGAGAUUUGGAGACUAGUUGUAAGUCAUGGGCAGCAAUUUAGAUAGAGUAGAAAUAUCUAAUGCAAAUCUCAACAUGUUGGAUUUUUCAAAGGACAAACAACCUAAUUUCUACAAUACUGAAAUAAUUAUAAAUCCAGUGAUAAGAACUUUUAAUGGAUCUGUAUGCUCACAGUUAGUAUUUUGCAACGGAACAGCAAAUAAAGGAAUUGUUUGAAAUGUUUCAAAAAGUUUUUAUUAACUUCAGACCUGUUAGUUUAACCACAAGAUUAAGCAAAAGCUUACUUCAAAUGGUGAACAAAAGGCUUGAAGUUCAAACAUGGGUGUGAUAGCAUUUAAUAUGUUUUCUUGUAGCCCUUUCAUUCUUCCCCUCGCCCAGGGUGGUCUGGGGCACUUAUGUUUUUAGAAAAUGAAUGUGAGGAAUUUAAUUUACUUAAAAUGAAGUAAGGCUUGACAUAAGGCUCUAAAAUACUUGUGGAAAUAAUUAACAAGAGAAUUGAAAGAUGGAUUAAAGCUGGUGUAAAAAGAUUGCAGUAAAUUCUAUCUUAUUUUCAGGAUGGAUGUGGAGAGAGAUCAUCCUAGGGACACAUUCUGUUUUGUAUAUCAUUGACUUAGCUUGAAGUCACCAUCUAAGUCACAUGUAAUUUGUGGAUGAGAUGAAGUUGGGAGGUAUGGCAAAUACUGUAGAGAACUGGGAAAGAUACUGUUGCUUUUGACUGAAGGACUAGGAUAGAGCGAAAAUGGAAGAACAAAAUACAAAGUCACUUACUUGGGUUCAAACAAGUACAAAAAGUAAGAACACUGCCACUUACAAUAUUGCGUUUAAUUCUGAUAAUUUUUCCUGAAAUUUAUUUACUAGUAAGCGAUGCAAAGGAGGGCUACUGACAUGAACAAAAUCUUACCUAUUGUCUACUUACAGAAUGGCUUCCUUAAGGCAUUAGGGCCAAAGCAAUUAUUUAUUUUAAGACAUUGUGAUAAAUUUAUGGAUUAAAUCAAAUUGUAAGAUUGAAGUGGUCGUAGAGUUAAAAUUUCAUUUCAUCAGUCAUUGAGCUCUUGGGAAGGUUUUUCUGGCUUCUGCUUGAUCUUGAGUAAUGGUCCAUCUCCCACAUAACCUGGAAAUAUUACUGUAAGAAAAGGUAUUGCAGGACCUGAGACACUGUGAUGUGAUGACCUGAUUUCUUCCAGUGUCUUUCAGUGACUUAUCAUUUUGUCUUUAUUCGGUCAAAUGUUAUGAUGCAUUGUAAACAUUUUAUGAAUAAUAGUGAGUGUGGGGCAGAAUUAAGACGUUUUUAUGCAUUGUAUUGAUUCAAUUCCUAGUGUAUGUUUGCUUGUGACUGUGGAAGAAUAUCCACAGUCAGCAUGCUUUUGAAUGCAAACACCUUUUAAACUCUGAAUAUGAAAAGCUUAUCAAAGAUUUACAUAUAUAGCAUAUUAUCAAGAUUUAGAAUCAUAGAAUAGUUGGGGUUGGAAGGGACCUUAGAGAUCAUAUAGUUCCAACCCUCCUGCCAUGGGCAGGGACAUCCCACUGGAUCAGGCUGCCCAAGGCCCCAUCCAACCUGGCCUUGAACACCUCCAGGGAUGCGGCAUCCACAACAUCCCUUGGCAACCUGUUCCAGUGUCUCACCACUCUCAUGGUGAAGAAAUUCUUCCUCAUGUCUAGUCUAAAUCUGUCCCUCUCCAGUUUAUAGCCAUUGCCCCUGGUCCUAUCCCACAAGCCAUUGUGAACAUCCCCCUUCCAGCUUUCCUGUAGGCCCCCUUCAGGUAUUGGAAGGUCGCUAAAAGAUCUCCUCGGAGCCUUCUCCAUGCUGAAAACAAGCCCAACUCUCUCAGCCUGUCCUCGUAGGGUAGGGGCUCCAGCCCUCCGUUCAUCUUUGUAGCCCUCCUCUGGACCCAUUCCAACAGCUCCAUAUCCUUCUUAAGUUGAGGAUUCUGGAACUGGACACAGUAUUCCAGAUGAAUUCUCACAAGAGAGGAGUGGAGGGGCAGAAUCACCUCCCUCGACUUGCUGGUCACGCUUCUUUUGAUGCAGCCCAGGAUACGGUUGGCCUUCUGGGUUGCGAGCGCACGUUGCCGGCUCAUGUCGAGCUUCUCAUCGACCAGCACCCCAAGUCCUUCUCUGCAGGGCUGCUCUCAAGCACGUCAUCCCCCAUCGUGUACUGAAAUCAGGGAUUGCCCCGACCCAGGGGCAGGACCUAGCACUUGGCCUUGUUGAACCUCAUGAGGUUCUCAGAAGCCCACUUCUCCUGCCUGUCCAGGUCCCUCCAGAUGACAUCCCAUCCUUCCGGUGUGGCAACGACACCACUCAUCUUGGUGUCAUCCGCAAACUUGCUGAGGGUGGACUCAAUCUCGCAAUCAAUAUCAUUGAUAAAGAUAUAAAACAGCUCCGGUCCCAGUACGGAACCCUGAGGGACACCAUUCAUUAUGGAUCUCCAUCUGGACUUUGAGCCAUUGACCACUACUCUUUGAAUACGACAAUCCAACCAGUUUCUUAUCCACCUUACUUUUCACCCAUCAAAUCCAUAUCUCAGUUUAGAGAGAAGGAUGUUGUGGGGGACCAUGUCAAAAACUUUACAGAAGUCUAGAUAGAUCACAUCUGUUGGUUUACCUGUGUCCACUGCUGCGGUUACCCCAUCAUAGAAAGCCACUAAGUUGGUCAGACAGGAUUUGCCCCUGGUGAAGCCAUGCUGGCUGCCAUUAAUCACCUUCAUGUGCUUUAGCAUAGCUUCUAGGAGGAUCUGUUCCAUGAUCUUCCCAGGCAACGAGGUGAGGCUGACAGGUCAGACCUUCUCAGGGUUGUCUUUUCUACCCUUUCUAAAAAUGGGCACGUUACCCUUCUUCCAGUCACCAGGGACUUCUCCUGAUUGCUGUGACUUUUCAAGUAUCAUGAGGAGUGAGUUGGCAACCACAUCUGCCAAUUCCCUGAGGACUCUGGGGUGCAAUCUCAUCAGUUCCCAUGGACUUAUGUAUGUCCAGGUUCCUCAGGUGUUUGUGAACCUGGUCCUCCUCUACUGUGGGAGGGGGUUUACCCCCCUGGUCACCAUCUUGCUGUCCCAUGACCCAAGAGGGGCAAGGAGAGCAGUUAUCGGUGAAGACUGAGGCAAAAAAGUUGUUGAGUACCUCAGCCUCCUCAUCUAUUGAUACAUGAUUCCCAUUUCCAGUCAUCCGUGGGGAUAUGUUCUUUUUGAUCUUCCUCUCUCAUUGAUGUACCUGUAAAAGCCCUUCUUGUUAGUAUUUAUUUCCCUUGCCAAGUUCAGCUCCAGCUGCACCUUGGCCUUCCUGACUUCAUCCCUAUCCCUACACAACAAUAUAGUACUGCUCAGAAUGUGAAUAUGGCUUUGCAGAAAGUAACACAUCUUGAAAUCCCCAUAAGCUAUAGUAAAAACCAGCAAGUAUUUCUUUUGUGCUGAAAGUAAACAAGUGUAUCAGCACACUCUUGGGAAAAAUACUUUAUUCAGUGUAGAUAUUGAAUCUGUAUUUGUAAAACAAGCACGGAGGUACUCCUGACUGCUGCACUUCAGCUCAGCAGCCCUUUGAUAAUAGAAGCUUUACACACAUCUGGCCUUUAUCCUACACUUGCUUUCCUGAGCAACUUCACCUUUGUGUAUUGUCCUAUUGAGGCAAUAAGAGUACUCCCAUACAUAAGUGUUUGCUGUAUUCGGGUAGAAAGCUUUACUUGUUCAGUAAAAUAUAGCUAGAACAUUGGCGAUGUGUUUAAUGGAUCCAAGUGUGGUGUGUUGAUUUUUCUACAGUGUAGGAGUUCUAAUCUCUUAAUCUUUAUACUGAUAUUUUGAUACAGAAUUCUUGACUUUUUUUUCUUAUUUUUCUUCUCAGCAACACAGUGCAGGAAUGUGCACAAGCCCUACAGUACAGUAGUAGGUGUACUGCAGGUGGUCAUGAAAGAGGGCAAUUUCUACUCUUGUUUGCUUUCAACUGCCUAUCUAAAUCGGAACAUUCAGCCCUCUUGAAAGAGAGCAUUGUGAACACUUUUGAAGCUUUCUUCCACUUAACUGCAUAGUUUUAGAUUGUGUAUUUCUCCCACAGGCUUUUUGGAGUACUUGGCAGUUGUCCCUGCUGAAGCUCAGGUGAGAAACAGUAAAAUGUGAAAGUUUGUUUCUGCAGCCAAUUCUCAUAGUAACUGUGUAAUUGUUGGUACUGUUCUGUCCUGUCAGCUUUCUGUGAAAUAAUGUUUGUAAAUGUUUCUACCUGUAUAUGUUAGCUUUACAGAUCUGUAUGUAUUUGGUUAAAUAACUAAGCUCUGUGAACCCAAGCACACUAUGCUAAUCACAUUGCUACUGCGUUUCUAGCACCUGCAAUUUCUUUGGUUUCUGACAAUGGAAAUACUUAAGUUUAUUUUCUACUGAAAUUCCACAGCUGCUUCUUCUGUCACAGUUCAUCUUUUCAGAGAUUGUCUUACACCUUCUGACUGCCUUGAUCAUUCAUUCAUCACUGUAGACGUAGAUGCUGUCAUAAACAUCUGUGCACUGUGCAUCUUCAGGACAAGUGUGUAGAACACCCUACUUUUUUCCCCCGUGGUUCACACUGUUCCAGUCUUAGAUUACAUAUAAGAUUACUUUCUGUAAGUGUUUACUGUCAAUGACUAGUGUUCUGUUAUCUCCUGUCUAGAAAUUUCUUGAUCUUCAGUAAGCUUCCUUGACUUUUUAGUCCUCAGCUGUGCAAAAUGUAAGUAGUGGAGAGCUCCCAAGGGAAAACAUCUAUUAGUGCCUCACAACUUUAAAGCAUUUUCACAUUCGAACCUUUAGAAAAGGGAAAUGCAAAACACGGGUGGGAACCUGAAUGUUUCCAGACAGUAGCUUUAGAGACUGAAGAGACUUUCUCUUUGUAGCGCACUCUAGAGAAGGCCUGAGAGUAUCGGUCAUUUUUCUGAAACUCUUUGUCUAUUAAGAGUUUUGAUUUAAAGUAGUUCUGUGAGAUUUUGGGAAGUGACUGGCAGAAGUACUUUGCAAGGAUAAUGUGUUGAAUCAGUCCGCAUCUUCGUAGGUUCUUCUGUCAUCACUCCUAAACAGGGGUCUUGCUGACUGACCCUAAGUUCAGAAUACUUUACAUUAUACUCAAAUAUCUCCGAACUUUGACAAAACAUACAAAAGACUGCAGAAGAGUAGCCACCAUGUCCACUGCAGCCUUUAAAAGGAGAGAACAAACAGGAAAUGAGUGGCUUUAUCAAAAACUUUCAACCACUUGACAAUUUGAUAAAAUUUGAAGGCUUGCUAAAUAAUUUAUUCUGCGAUUCAGAUAUGUUAGUAGCACAAAGCUAUUUUUCUACAUAUGACUCCCUGGGCAUCCCAGGUGGAUGCUAGACAUGAAUUAAUGUGUGUUGUGUCUCUUGGUUCCUGAAGAAAAUUUAUCCUGCUAUGAGCAAUCAUCUUUUGAAGGAAACAAAGUUUAGCACCUGUACAGUAAGAUAGUCAUUUUGAUAAGGAUAGCUAUUUGAUAAUUUUUGUCUCUAAAUCUCUCUUCACUGAGAAAUUGUAAAUCUGUUGUAUAUGCUAUGCUCUUGCCCUCAGUCUCCUAAAUCUCAUAUAGGCAACUGCAUUCCUCCAUGUAGGAACCUCCUCCACAGAGGUACUGAUAUGAUCUUUGGUGUUAAACAUUCUAGCUGCAAAGGAAUUGUUUGAAGAUCUUUUUGUGGAAUGCAAUCCGAAUUGUUCAUCUUCUGUAUACUAUGACUGGUGUCUUUGACAUAGUAUUUUAGAUGCCAUUUAUCUCCAUUGUUUGAGAGCUGGUAACUUCAGACACGCUGAAAAAUUAUGAAACAAUCUUUCUUCACUAUGUUUGAACUCUUGUUUCUCUUCUAGAGCUCCUCCCAUGAGAAUUCCAUUAGCUCAUUAGAUUUGCUAAUAAAAUCAGGCUCAGAUUGUGUCUAGGAGAAAGGAAAUUUGCAAUUAUUUCUUGUCAUCAAAAGUGCAUAUAUCAUAGGAGAGUCUUAAACUUCAAAAAUGUGAAUGUCAUCUACAGUCAUUCGUAUUUCUCAAUUAAAUCAGACAUGAUCAGAACCAUUCCAGAUUAGAGUCCUCUUUGUAGUCCCAGAGCAUGGGCCUUUUCCUGGGAGUCAGUCAAUGGAUCAAGUGCCUCAAGCACUGAACACAGAAGCCAAGAUGCACCUGGUGGUUGUAGCUGCAGGUUUCUGAAUAUUCUGUCCUACUAUGUUUUAAGGAUUUGGUGAUGGCUUUUACUUUUAUUGAAAGCUGAGAUCCUUACUGUGACGUAAUCUUGUCUUUGUAUUUUUGAUUUACAAGCCUUUCGAUCGAGAGCUAUUUUGUGUCGUGUAAAAAAAAUGCUUUUUCAACUAGAUAUCUGUCUGGUCUGGAGAGUAGGAAAGAGUCACUUGCUAGGGUACAAACCUAAUUGUUCUACAUGCUUUGAGAAGUAGGCUGCUUUGAGAAUUCACAGUAAGUUUUUUCUGAAAAUGGGUAUCAAAGUUUCUCUUGAAACCAUUGUCUUCAUCUGUAAGCCUAUUCCCAGAGCUGAGGCUGGGUGAAUGCUCUUUGCUUCAUCUUUUUGUGUUCGUAGAAGAGGUCUUAUUCAGGUUGUCUGUGUCUGCCAUCAGUUGGCAAUUGUGUGGAGCUUCUCUCAGACUGCGACAAGGUGACAUGGGAAGAGAGAAAACCAUGGGUGACAAUGAGGCGGAUGCUGCUGGAAAUAUGCCAUUGUGAAGGAGUGGAAAGAGACGGUUGAAAACAAAGUUUGCAAGCUAGUGCAGCUGUAUCUGUAGGUAAUGUAUCUUAGAAGGAGUCUGUUAGGGGUAACUAAACUCUUUCAUACAAGUGUUUAAGGUACCUUUUCAUCAAUAAAAUGACUACAGAAGAUACUGUUUAUGAAGAUGUGGUGUAAAUUAUGAAGUUGCACAUGCAAAAUAUAGAAUAAUUGAAAAUUUAGGAUAGCUAUUCAUAUUUAUCCUUUUUUCUAGCUGUGCUCUGGGCAGUGCCAAGUAAAAGGACUUAAUUUGAAAAGUACAUCCCACACAAAAAUUUCUACACAGAAGGGCAUGGAAGAAACAAAAAUGGACCUGGAUUCUAAAGUAAAAACAAUGUUGCACAAACUGCCUACUUUUUUAUUGAAGGGGACACCCACCCACCUAUGCUGAUUUCCACUUUCAAUAGUGUUAGCUUCUAUUUUUAUUCUACCAUAAUAAGAUAAGUAUGUGCUUAACUCCUCUAAGUGUAAAUGAAAUUAUAGUUUUAUUGUAAUUAAUAUUGUCUCUGGCUAGAUAUAAUUGAAACCAGAGGUUUUAUGUAUUUGAAGUCUCAAAAUAGUAAAAUGUAAGAGAGGCUAGAAUUGAGAGAGGAAACUUCUCCACAAAAAUUCACUCAUCCUUCAAGUGGUUUUUUUAGUGGAUCACAGCAUAGAUUUGAUUGACCAGAAUGGGAGAGAUUUGCACAGACCUUUUGUAUACAGAGUUUUUACUGAGUUAAAGUCCUCAACUAACUACUAUUGUACUUAAAUUUGUAUUUUAGAUCAGAUAGGGGAAAAGGAAAAAGUUUGGGAAAUAUAGAUGCAAAUUUGUAUUUUGCCUCAUAGACAUACAAACGUAUUCCAUACUUGGGAAGGGUGACUUUAACAGUUAGCAUGGCACAUCCAUUUUUAUCUGAUAUUUCUUUAAAUGCUACACUUGCAUGAAGUUGCAUAACUUGCACUGUGGCAUUUGCAAACAAGCCAGCAUGCUUCAUGAACACACUAAAUCCUGGAAUCUGUUGCAGGCAUUCAGCUGUUGGAUGCAAAUAAAGAUUUUUUUUCAGUGAUUCUCUUCCCCAGCACUAUGCAUUUUGAUUAACAUCGCCAAAUUAUGCAGGGAAAGAUGAAGAUGACCAGGUCAGAUUCUACAUGAAAAGAAAGCUAAUAAAAUUCAGCAUGUGAACAUUGGUCUCUAGCUUAGUAAUGUCUGAUUCUAUAAUAUCUAUUUGAGUGUCUAGAUACAACGUUUUCUGCUUAUGGAAGGAAGAAUCUAGAGCCAGAGGGAUCUUUCACUAAAAUGAUGGAAUUGGCACGUUCCUGGGGACAAAAUCAGAACUUUCAGUAAUGAUGUAGAAUUCUGUGCAGGGAAGAUUAUGCAAGAUAAAUAUUUAUGUGCAAAAAAAAAUUUUUUUUUUUCUCUUUACCCCUCUCUGGCUGCUUUCAAUUACUUAAUUACUUUCAUGCGUGCAGCCAGCGUGUUGGUUCCUGGAGUUGCUGUGAGUCAUGAACAAAUCGCAUGAACAGUUUAAAAGAAGCCCAUCCCACUCUGCAAUGUGGCAACAGUAAUGGCAGGUACUUUACAGUUCUUGGUAGCCUUUUUUAAUUAACAUUAUGCCAUAAAAAAUAUGUAGGUUGCUGGUGAAUGGCUUGCUUUGUUCUCCUGAGAUGGAGUAUGCUUGUACAUAUGUAUGCUAUUUUAUGCCUUGCUGCAAGCGUGAUUUCCAUGGAUCUGUAUAAUUGCUACAGAAACAGUAGGUUCUUGGAGAAAGGACAGAUAUUCUUUGGUGACAUGUGAUUGCAGAUCAAAUGAGGAAAACUUCUGGGGAUGGAGCAGGGGGGAAUAAUUUGAGGAAGCUGGAGAACUUGCAUCCAGAUUGCCCUAACUGGAUGUAAAGAUGAUUAAAACAGAAAAAUUCUCUUAAGAAUUAGUUCAGAGUUUUAGGGCUUAUUUUGUUCUGAAGACUUUCAGUUACCAAGCUGUCCAAAGUUUUUUAACGCAGGUUCAAAAUUUAUACAGACUAAAUGUCAUCAAUGGCUAUCAUGAUUUUGUCCCAUUUGCUUUGCAAUACUAGGGUCUAGUUAUCUGUAGAGCACAUGGUAUAAAAAAGAACUAUGUAUAUCACAGAAUCACAAGGUUGGAAAGGACCCAUUGGAUCAUCGAGUCCAACCAUUCCUAACACUCCCUAAACCAUGUCCCUAAGCACUUCAUCCACCCGUUCCUUAAACACCUCCAGGGAAGGCGACUCGACCACCUCCCUGGGCAGCCUGUUCCAGUACCCAAUGACUCUUACUGUGAAGAAUUUUUUUCUGAUAUCCAACCUGAACCUCCCCUGACGGAGCUUCAGGCCAUUCCCUCUAGUCCUGUUCCCGGUCACUUGGGAGAAGAGGCCAGCUCCCUCCUCUCCACAACCUCCUUUCGGGUAGCUGUAGAGAGUAAUAAAGUCUCCCCUCAGCCUCCUCUUCUCCAGGCUAAACAACCCCAGCUCUCUCAUAUGUUAUUAAGGUUUUCAUGUGUCACAUUUGUUUAGAUAUUUUGCUUCCCACCUUUAUAGCAUUUGACACUUACAAGAUUUGCUUGGGAAUGGGAGAGGUAAUUAUCAGCUGCCAUACCCCAAUCUGGACACUCCUAGAGAGUGCAGUUUUCUACCUGUGCAAUGACACUCGCAUGCUAUAGAAUUUUCUUAUGUUUUCUUCUAGGAUACCAGUUUCCUCAACUUGUUACUUUUUAUUCUAGAUCUGCAUUCUCAUCAAAGCAGCCUAGAUCUAGAAGGAAGGACUCACUUAUUUCCAUAUCUUGCCAGCUCUUCUAAAAGUCAGCAUCUUCUAAAAGACAAACAAUUUGUAAACAAGAAGGAGAAAAUUUUAUAGUUUGUUUGGGUUUUUUAAUAUAGCCUUAUUCCACAUUGGCAAACACCAUUCUUUUUCAGUUCUUUUCGUUAUAAUCUUGACCGUAUUAUUUCUUAACAGGAUAGAUCUCUGUUUAUUUUUUCUAAUUACAGUUUCAGAUGUGAAAUACUAGAAUUGCCAAAAUUACAAUCCAGACUGGUUUAGGAGGAAAAAGGCAUGGGUCAGUAUUUUGCAGUGCAGACUGCAUUUUGAUUAACUUUUGCUUUGUAUUUGGAAGAUUCUUGGACAGCAAAACCUUGGAGUACAAGCCCAGGUGAGCACAGGCAGGAGAGUGGGAAGCAGCCUGCUGUGUCAAACAGAUUGCCUCAGCUUUGCAUCAAUAGCUGUCCUUGCAAUGCAUAACAGCUGCCAGUUCUCUAUAUGGGGGAUUUAUCUAUUCAACAAGUGUGCUUUUUUUUGUUUCCUAACUAACUUCUUUCAAAUAGAAUUAUCAUUAUGAAAACAAACUAAGAUUUAAGUAUGUGUUAGUUUUGUCUUGGAAGCUGCUUUGAUGGGCAUACAAGAGCAGUACUUUUGAAAACAGUAUUAUCCAUUAGAAGAGCAACAGGAUGCAAGCAUGCCAGAAUUUUACAAAGCCCAAUUAUUUUAAAAAUGGGAGUGUAUUAAUGUGUUGAAGUAUAUCCAGUGUCAAUUAGACUACAAAGGAAUAGCCAUCUCUUUGCAGACUAAUUAGACUUCCUACUCUUGCCUAUUUGGAGUCUAACAGUUAUUGUGUACUGCUUCCUUGGCAAAACUAGGAGCCAUGCAGAGAACAGGAUCAGACAGAGCUUUGACUUUCCUACCUUUCUAAUAGAUCUGAACUUCUAAAGGGAGGGCUGUGCAUUUUUAUAUUUCACUUUGAUUCCUUACUUUAUUAAUCAUACCUAACAUGGGACUAGCACCGAAGGGAAGAAAAAUAAAAAACUACCUUUACUUCUGUUCAGUGACAGAUUUCUGUUCAGUGAUGGAUUUCUGUAAUUCCAUUGUAAUGUUUAGAGUUUUAAUUUUUAAUUUAUUUUACUAGUAAAUUCUUAAAAGGGUUAUUCAACUAGAAGUCUUUCCUAUAAAUAAUGUUUUCUCUUUUCUGUAGCAGAAGCUCCAUAAAACCAUUAGAUUUUAAGAAAAGUUGCUAUUGAAGGGAACCAAAUCAUCAAAAGUUCAACAAUCAACUAUUAAUGAAUUUUUAAACAACAGUCAUGAAGUGUACAAUGUCUAAUAUUGCAAACAGUAUUUUCAGCACAAAUUCUGUUAUUCAGCACUAUUUUUCCUUAGGAUCCCUCCUGACAUGCUUGCUGCUGGGAUGCUGGUGCAUACGUGAGAGAGGCAGUGGCCGAGGCAAAGACUGUGACAUAAGGCUCAGACCAUUCCCUCUGUGUCUAAUCAGACUUCUGGCUUUAGCAGAGCGGUGUCUACACCUGUUUUCCUUGUCCAGAGAUAUUAUCCAGUGCUGUGAUAGAUUACUCCAGUGAACAAUCUCAUCUGCCUUCUCUGUUUUAAUCCCCUCUUCCAGUGUUUUUCUGCUUUUUUUUUUCCUGUAGUUCUGCCAAACUUGAAGUUCUAAUAACUGAUCCUGAAAGUACAUCUUUGUAGAUUACUUGAAGUAGAUGAAUGACCCUGUUUGUACACACAAACACAUUUCCCCUGUUUAAUAUCUCGUAUAACAGCACUAUCGUUUAUGAAAAAUUAUUAGCUGAGUACCUGUCAUGUGAAUUUAAAUCCUGUUUCCUUGCUGCUUAUCAGAAAGUUAGCGGUGAUAUGCAGUUUCUGGUGUUUUGUUCCCAGAGGAGACAGAAGUGCAGCAAAGGUAAAACUGGCAGACACUGGAGACAAGGAGGGGGAAGGAAAUAGAUGAAGUGCUUAAAGUUGGGCAGUGUAAAUAUCCUUUUCCCACUCCCCAUGUCAUUGAAAUCCCGAAUAUUUAGACCAACUGAUAAAGCCAAAAGGGAGCUCUUUGUUUCCGUGAGCAAAGCAAGGAUGUAUUUUUGAAGGCUGUUAACUUCAAGUGGAACUUCAAGUGAGGAGCGUUACUACAGCAAAAGUAGCCAUGUCUGAGUUAUCUUAAAUACUGCUAACAGCAAAAUUGCAGCAGCUUGGAUUUCGGCGGUACUGGUUGUCCCCUGCUGACUUGCGGUUAGGAGUGCUAAAACAGCAGUUGAAGCCUGUGUUGGGGUGCUUUGCUGCCAUCAGUACUGUGGAUAAUUGCAACAAGUGAUUGAUGGUGCUUUCUGGACCUGGGUUUAUUAAAAUAUUGGUCUCUGUACACUACUGUUUAAGUAGUCAGAUUAUGCUUUCAUCAUUAAAUUAGGCUAUUAAUCAAGUUCCUCUGAAUGGUGAAGUAACAGCGUCCUCGACUACUCCUUUUUCUGUCACGUUAAGGAUUUUGGUGAUAGGUUUACUGGGAAACAGUUUACUUUAGGAAUAUUAUUUCUAAUGCAUUAAAUCUGCAUUUUCUACUAAUGCAGAAACUUUAAUCACUGAUCAAGCUUUAUAUUUUCCCUCA